UGCGGCAGCCGCACCGCUGCUGAGGCGGAGCGGUUACCGCCAGCUCCACCGCGGCCGGGGGCAGGCGCUCCUCGGCGGCCGAGGGGCAGAGCGGGGCGGCAGCAUGUCCACUAAGGCGGAGCAGUUUUCUUCCAAAAUCCGUUACCUUCAGGAAUAUCACAACCGGGUUCUCCACAACAUUUACCCUGUGCCCUCUGGAACUGACAUUGCAAAUACUCUGAAAUACUUUUCUCAGACGUUAUUGAGCAUUUUGUCCCGCACAGGGAAGAAGGAGAAUCAAGAUGCCUCCAAUUUGACAGUGCCCAUGACCAUGUGUCUUUUUCCUGUGCCAUUCCCACUCACCCCAUCUCUAAGACCACAGGUCAGUUCCAUCAACCCUACUGUUACUCGCUCCCUCCUUUACAGCGUCCUGCGAGAUGCUCCAUCUGAACGUGGCCAGCAAAGUCGUGAUGCUCAGUUAUCAGACUACCCAUCUUUGGACUAUCAAGGACUUUACGUGACACUGGUGACACUGCUGGAUCUAGUUCCCUUGCUACAACAUGGUCAGCAUGAUCUGGGGCAAUCAAUUUUUUAUACUACUACAUGCUUACUUCCUUUUCUCAAUGAUGAUAUUUUGAGUACUUUACCCUAUACAAUGAUUUCAACACUAGCUACCUUUCCUCCAUUUCUGCACAAGGAUAUUAUAGAGUAUCUCAGCACAUCUUUUCUGCCUAUGGCUAUAUUGGGAUCCUCAAAAAGAGAAGGUGUUCCAGCACAUGUCAAUCUAUCUGCAUCAUCAAUGCUAAUGAUUGCAAUGCAGUACACAUCAAACCCGGUGUAUCACUGCCAGUUAUUGGAAUGCCUAAUGAAAUAUAAGCAAGAAGUGUGGAAAGAUUUGCUAUAUGUGAUAGCCUAUGGACCAUCUCAAGUUAAACCUCCAGCAGUGCAAAUGUUAUUUCACUAUUGGCCCAAUUUAAAACCCCCUGGGGCAAUCAGUGAGUACAGAGGACUGCAGUACACAGCCUGGAAUCCUAUUCAUUGCCAGCACAUUGAAUGCCAUAAUGCAAUUAACAAACCAGCUGUGAAGAUGUGCAUUGACCCAUCCUUGUCUGUAGCUUUGGGUGAUAAGCCACCUCCCCUGUACCUUUGUGAAGAAUGUAGCCAGAGAAUUGCAGGGGAUCACAGUGAAUGGUUGAUUGAUGUUCUUCUACCACAAGCUGAAAUUUCUGCUAUAUGUCAGAAGAAGAACUGCAGUUCACAUGUCAGAAGAGCUGUUGUCACGUGCUUCUCAGCGGGCUGCUGUGGCCGCCAUGGCAACAGGCCAGUACGCUAUUGCAAAAGAUGCCAUUCGAAUCAUCACAGCAGUGAAGUUGGGGCAGCUGCAGAAACCCAUCUUUAUCAGACCUCGCCACCUCCUAUCAAUACCCGGGAGUGUGGGGCAGAGGAACUUGUGUGUACUGUGGAAGCUGUGAUCAGCUUGCUGAAGGAAGCAGAGUUUCAUGCUGAGCAGAGGGAGUAUGAACUCAACCGCAGGAGGCAGAUGGGCCUCUCUUCUUCUCAUCACUCCCUGGACAACACAGACUUUGAUAAUAAAGAUGAUGACAAGCAUGACCAACGCCUUCUGAGCCAGUUUGGAAUUUGGUUCUUGGUGAGCCUUUGCACCCCCAGUGAGAAUACACCCACAGAGAGUUUAGCAAGGCUGGUUAGCAUGGUGUUCCAGUGGUUUCACUCCACAGCUUACAUGAUGGAUGAUGAAGUUGGUAGCCUAGUUGAAAAGCUCAAACCCCAGUUUGUUACUAAGUGGCUGAAGACAGUUUGUGAUGUCCGGUUUGAUGUCAUGGUUAUGUGCCUCCUUCCUAAACCAAUGGAGUUUGCCAGGGUUGGUGGAUACUGGGACAAAUCGUGUAGUGCUGUGACCCAAUUAAAAGAAGGGCUGAAUCGAAUCCUUUGCUUGAUUCCAUACAAUGUGAUAAACCAGUCAGUGUGGGAAUGUAUCAUGCCAGAGUGGCUGGAAGCUAUAAGGACAGAAGUGCCUGAUAAUCAACUGAAAGAGUUCCGGGAAGUGUUGAGCAAAAUGUUUGACACUGAACUUUGCCCUCUCCCUUUCUCCAUGGAGGAGAUGUUUGGCUUCAUUAGCUGUCGAUUCACAGGGUAUCCAUCCUCUGUGCAAGAGCAGGCAUUACUUUGGCUGCAUGUGUUAUCUGAACUAGACAUUGUCGUUCCUCUUCAGUUACUAAUCAGCAUGUUUUCUGAUGGAGUUAAUUCUGUAAAAGAGUUAGCAAAUCAAAGAAAAUCGAGAGUCAGUGAACUGGCAGGAAAUCUUGCAGCUCGGAGGGUAAGCGUUGCUUCUGACCCUGGGCGCAGAGUUCAGCACAACAUGCUGAGUCCUUUCCCAAGCCCCUUCCAGAGCCCAUUUCGGAGUCCAAUACGUAGUCCUUUUCACAGUCCUUUCAAGAACUUUGGACACCCCAGUGGAAAGACAAUUGAUUUUGACUGUGAAGAUGACGAAAUGAAUCUUAAUUGCUUCAUUCUGAUGUUUGAUCUCAUCUUGAAGCAGAUGGAACUCCAGGAUGAUGGUGUCACUUUGGGCUUAGAGAACAGCAUUUCAAAAGAUGUAAUAUCCAUCAUAAACAAUGUGUUCCAGGCACCCUGGGGUGGUUCUCACACCUGUCAGAAAGAUGAAAAAGCAGUUGAAUGUGGUCUGUGUCAGUCCAGCAUUCUGUGUUACCAGCUGGGUUUUGAGCUGCUAGAACAGCUUGCUCCAAAAGAAGAAAUCAGGCUUGUGGAGCCCACAGAUAACCUGGAGGAUAGUCUUCUGUAUACUAGACCUGAGUUUAUUAUAGGAACUGAGGGAGAAGAGGAAGACAAAUCGGCACCAAAACAUGGAGAAAACCCAGGAAAUCACACAGAGACCACAGAAAAUGCUGCGAUAAAGAAUGACACAGAAAGAAAAUUUUGUUAUCAGCAGCUUCCAGUUACCUUGAAGCUCAUAUACACUAUAUUGCAGGAAAUGUCAAGGUUUGAAGAACCAGACAUUCUUUUUAACAUGCUGAACUGUCUGAAGAUCCUGUGUCUUCAUGGGGAAUGCCUGUAUAUAGCAAGAAAGGACCAUCCACAAUUUCUUGCCUAUAUUCAAGAUCACAUGCUGAUUGCAAGCUUAUGGGGAGUUGUGAAGUCUGAGUUCUCUCAGCUUUCUUCCCUGGCAGUCCCACUUCUUCUUCAUGCACUUUCGCUUCCCCAUGGCGCUGACAUUUUCUGGACAAUCAUAAACAGCAAUUUCAACAGCAAGGAUUGGAAGAUGAGAUUUGAAGCAGUGGAGAAGGUGGCUGUGUUGUGCAGGUUUUUGGAUAUUCACUCUGUGACAAAAAACCACCUACUGAAGUACUCUUUGGCUCAUGCAUUCUGCUGUUUCCUGACUGCUGUGGAAGAUGUCAACCCAGCAGUAGCUACAAGAGCUGGGCUAUUACUUGACACCAUAAAGAGGCCAGCUUUACAGGGUCUCUGCCUCUGCCUUGAUUUCCAGUUUGACACAGUUGUCAAGGACAGACCCACAAUUCUUAGUAAGCUUUUGCUACUUCAUUUCCUAAAAGCAGAUAUUCCAGCUUUGAGUUGGGAGUUUUUUGUGAAUCGCUUUGAGACCCUGUCUCUGGAAGCACAGCUUCAUCUGGACUGCAACAAAGAAUUCCCUUUCCCAACAACUAUCACUGCUGUCCGGACAAAUGUCGCCAACCUCAGUGAUGCAGCAAUGUGGAAGAUCAAGAGGGCUCGUUUCGCACGUAAUCGUCAGAAGAGUGUGCGUUCCCUGAGGGACAGUGUGAAGGGACCAGUGGAGUCAAAGAGAGCGCUCUCCCUUCCAGAAACCUUAACCACCAAAAUUCCUGUGAGCUUGACCAGACAUGAGCAGUCUGCUCCAGCACUUGGAGGAACACCAGAGCAAACACCAGGACAACCGUCUCCAGAGAAUGAUAAUACAAUAAAAGACCUGCUGCCAGAGGAUGCUGGGAUUGAUCAUCAGACUGUCCACCAGCUCAUUACUGUGCUAAUGAAGUUCAUGGCAAAGGAUGAGAGCAGCGCUGAGUCAGACAUCAGCAGUGCUAAAGCUUUCAACACAGUCAAGCGCCAUCUGUACGUCCUGCUUGGUUAUGAUCAGCAGGAAGGAUGCUUCAUGAUUGCACCACAAAAAAUGCGUGUUUCAACCUGCUUUAAUGCCUUUAUUGCUGGAAUAGCACAAGUGAUGGACUAUAACAUCAACCUGGGAAAACACCUUCUUCCCUUGGUGGUGCAGGUGUUGAAAUAUUGCACUUGUCCUCAGCUAAGGCAUUAUUUUCAGCAGCCUCCUCGCUGCUCCCUCUGGUCCCUCAAACCACACAUCCGGCAGAUGUGGUUAAAGGCUUUGCUUGUCAUUCUUUAUAAGUACCCCUACAGAGACUGUGAAAUCAGCAAGAUUGUACUUCACCUAAUCCACAUCACAGUCAAUACCCUCAAUGCUCAAUAUCACAGCUGCAAGCCCCAUGCAACUGCUGGUCCUUUGUAUAGUGACAACAGUAACAUAAGCCGAUACAGUGAAAAGGAAAAAGCAGAGGAAGACAGUGUUUUCGAUGAAUCUGAUAUUCAUGAUACACCAACUGGACCUUGCAAUAAAGAAUCUCAAACUUUCUUUGCAAGACUGAAAAGAAUUGGUGGCAGCAAAAUGGUGAAAUAUCAACCAGUUGAGAUGAAUGUUCAGAGAAGUGAAAUAGAGCUGGCUGAAUAUAGAGAGACUGGGGCCUUACAAGACAGUAUUCUACGCUGUGUGAGAGAAGAAAGCAUUCAGAAAAAAAAACUACGCUCUCUAAAACAAAAAUCUCUUGAUAUAGGGAAUGCAGACUCCCUGUUGUUUUCAUUAGAUGAACAUCGCAGGAAGUCCUGCAUAGACCGGUGUGACUUAGAAAAACCACCUGUCCCUGCUCCUUAUGCCAUGCACAGGCAGAGUGAUUAUGGAAGAUCUCGGCAGAAUUCUUCUACUAAAGCUGAAAAUGCAGAAACACAAGAAAAUCUUCCUCGUACAGAGAGUUUCCAGGAAACAAGAAGACCUGUCAUACCAGAAGUUAGGCUAAACUGCAUGGAAACCUAUGAAGUGAAAGUGGACUCUCCAGUUAAGCCUGCUGGCCCCAAAGAAGAUUUAGAUCUGAUAGAUUUGUCCUCUGACUCAACAUCGGGUCCUGAAAAGCAUUCAGUACUCUCCACUUCAGACAGUGACUCUCUAGUCUUUGAACCACUUCCUCCCCUUAGAAUAGUGGAGAGCGAUGAAGAAGAAACAACAAACCAGCUGGCUGAUGAGGUCUCUGGCAAAACCACUGUGUCAUCUCCCUCAACUCCUAUCAAUGUCUCUGCACUCAGCCUCAGCACAACUCCACUGGUCCAGUUCAGCAUUGAAGAUUGCUCCAAAGACUUUAGUUCUAAGGAUACAAGCAACAGUACUUCAGCAGGAAUAGAAGACACCCUUUCCAAUUCUCCCAAAGAUCAAAAGGACUCUUCAGAGUCAGUUAAGCCAGAACUUCAGGACAUGUCCUGUGGGAACCCACUAACACUGAAACAGAAAAGAGACCUGCUGCAGAAGUCAUUUGCCCUUCCAGAAAUGUCCCUUGAUGAUAACUCUGAGCUCAGUGUGGAAGAAAUUAGACCUAGUGGAGCAAUUCCAAGCCCAAAUGUGAAGACAGUCCUUAUUAAAGUCCCUGAGGAUUCUGAAAACCAAACAGAAAGUGAUAAACUUGAUACCAACGCAGAGUCUGACACUGAACAAACCAUGGAGCAGAAACAAGAAGAGGAGGCUGAGGAGUCAGAAUUUAAGAUUCAGAUUGUUCCUCGCCAGAGGAAGCAGAGGAAGAUUGCUGUGAGUGCUAUUCAGAGAGAAUACCUGGACAUUUCCUUUAACAUCCUUGACAAGCUGGGAGAGCAGAAGGAGACAGAUCCUGCUACCAAAGGACUUUCAACACUGGAAAUGCCAAGAGAGUCAUCAUCUGCACCGACUCUUGAAGCAGGUGUCCCAGAGACAAGUAGUCACUCUUCCAUAUCAACUCAGUUCAGACAAAUGAAAAGAGGCUCUUUGGGAGCUCUGACAAUGAACCAGCUAAUGAAGAGGCAGCUGGAACACCAGUCUAGUGCUCCCCACAAUAUCAGCACUUGGGAUACUGAGCAGAUACAGCAUGGAAAGCGGCUAUGCAAUGUCCCCGUUUGCCUAAACCCUGACUUGGAGGGACCACCACUAAGAAUCAGAGGUGCCACAAAAUCUAGCUUGCUGUCAGCACCCAGUAUAGUCAGUAUGUUUGUACCAGCACCAGAAGAAUUUGCCGAUGACCAGCCCAUUGUGAUGACUGACAAAUGCCAUGACUGUGGGGCUAUUCUUGAAGAAUAUGAUGAAGAAACACUAGGCCUGGCCAUAGUUGUGCUCUCAACCUUCAUUCACCUUAGUCCAGACUUGGCUGCUCCUCUGCUGUUGGACAUCAUGCAGUCUGUAGGAAGGUUGGCAUCAAGUACCAGUUUUUCUAAUCAAGCAGAAAGUAUGAUGAUCCCUGGAAAUGCUGCAGGUGUGGCCAAGCAGUUCCUCCGUUGUGUGUUCCAUCAGCUGGCUCCCAAUGGCAUCUUCCCUCAGCUCUUCCAGAGCAAUAUUAAAGAUGGAAGCUUUUUACGGACCUUGGCCACGUCUCUUAUGGACUUCAGUGAGCUGAGCUCCAUUGCUGCUCUGAGCCAGCUGUUAGAGGGUUUAAACAACAAAAAGAAUUUACCAGCAGGGGGUGCGAUGCUACGCUGUUUGGAAAAUAUUGCUACCUUUAUGGAAGCCUUGCCAAUGGAUUCACCCAGCAACCUCUGGACCACAAUUAGUAAUCAGUUUCAGACCUUCCUUACUAAACUCCCUUGUGUUUUGCCGCUUAAGUGUUCUUUAGAUUCUAGUUUAAGAAUCAUGAUUUGCUUGUUGAAGAUAUCUACCACUAGUGCCACCAGGAGUCUUCUGGAGCCUUUUUCAAAGUUACUAAGCUUUGUAAUUCAGAAUGCUGUCUUCACUCUGGCCUACCUGGUGGAACUGUGUGGUUUGUGCUACCGAGCCUUCACUAAGGAAAGGGACAAAUUCUACUUGACGCGCAGUGUCAUAUUGGAGUUACUGCAGGCACUCAAGUUAAAGUCACCCUUACCAGACAUGAAUCUGCUGCUGUUGGUGCAGUUUGUUUGUGCAGAUGCUGGAACAAAACUAGCUGAGUCUACAAUCUUGCAUAAACAGAUGAUUGCCUCUAUGCCUGGUUGUGGAACAGCAGCAAUGGAAUGCAUGAGGCAAUAUGUUGGGGAAGUGCUGGAUUUCAUUGCAGAUAUGCAUACCUUAACCAAAUUAAAGAGUCACAUGAAGACUUGUUCUCAGCCACUGCAUGAAGACACGUUUGGUGGACAUCUGAAAGUUGGUUUAGCUCAGAUUGCUGCUAUGGAAAUCACACGGGGAAACCACAGAGACAACAAAGCUGUGAUCCGAUACUUGCCUUGGCUUUACCAUCCUCCUUCUGCAAUGCAACAAGGGCCCAAAGAGUUCAUAGAAUGUGUCUCACACAUUCGUUUGCUGUCCUGGCUACUUCUGGGGUCUCUGACACACAAUGCUGUCUGUCCAAAUUCUCCAUCAUCUUGCAUGCCUAUUCCACUGGAUGCAGGUUCACAAAUUGCUGACCACCUUAUUGUUAUUCUGAUUGGGUUUCCAGAGCAAUCAAAGACAUCUGUUCUGCACAUGUGUUCCCUAUUCCAUGCAUUUAUAUUUGCUCAGCUCUGGACAGUGUAUUGUGAACAAACAGCAGUAGCUCCAACAGUCCAGAAUCAGAAUGAAUUUAGCUUUACAGCAAUCCUUACAGCCCUGGAGUUCUGGAGCCGAGUGACACCUAGCAUCCUACAGCUAAUGGCACAUAACAAAGUGAUGGUGGAAAUGGUGUGCCUGCAUGUGAUUAGUUUAAUGGAGGCUUUACAGGAAUGCAACUCUACUAUCUUUGUAAAGAUCUGAAAAGUAACUGUCAUGAUUUGGGGAAAGACUUACUGUAUGUUUGAAGUCCUUCAAAGAGGCAGAAGUGUAGAGGUUAUUCACACAGGAACCAGUAAGUGAGUGGCAUCUCCAUAAUUUAAAAAAAGAUCUGCAAGGAUGACAAGUCUUUGAAUAUUUGUUGACUGGGCAGUUUUUUGGUAGCUUGUUUUAUUCUAGACAAAUCUUUUAUUGCCCUGCCUUUGAUAAUGAAACAAUUUUCUCUUGUGCUUUAAAGCUUUUUUUUUAAUAUAUUUUAGAUACAAGCCUGUCAAACAAAGUUUAGUUUUCCAUGAAGGAAAGGACAUACUGUAGUGAGAGAGAUUUUUUUAAACAAUGUUCUUAAUACUCUUUCAGAAAUUCAACAAAAUUAAUAACACCCAGUUACUUCCUCUUGGAACUGAGCACAGUAGCACUGAUAAAUCAUGACCAUUUAUCAUUCAUAUAAUUAUAUUUACUGCAGUGUCUUUUAUUUCACCUAAGGAUUCUGGUGCUCCAAAACCUUCUUUUGUUAAUGGAGUCAUUGCAUCAUUCAACACACAUUUUUUAAUGCACCACAAGAAGGUGGUGCAUGUCAUGUGAUGCCAGGUGGUUUAUAGGAUAGCUAUUUUAGGUGGCCAUUUUCUGUAUGACAAAUAAAAGGAAAAUAUAUCCUAAAACAAGAGAGAAAGAGAAGAUGUAAACAAUUCAGCUCUCCUUCACUGAAAGAAGAGCUUUAUGCAUGUUAAGCAGUCCAUCUCCUCCUUGUGUUGGUGCUGUGAGGUUUCCUUCUCCUGGUACUGUGUUGGCCUUUGCUAUUAAAUUAAGGUCACGUUGAUAGCACUGAGACAUGUCUUGAUUGCUUCCUGUAGUCUUUGAGCCAUUCCCUGUAUCCUCAGAGGAUAUUUUUUUGGAUCUGCUGUUAGAUUAUCGUUACCAGUCUGGCAAGAAAAUCAAGUUUCCUUCAUGUGAAAACAUUUUACCCAUUAAGGAGGGCUGAGAUGAAGUGUUCAGCUUUCCUCCUGGUUUUCUAUGUCAAAGGAACUGGGAAAAUAGUCAUCUGAAGACAGCUCCUUGCUGAUCACAGCGCUCUGUCUAACCAUCAGAUGUAUGUCUGCGGAAUUUGGGAGCCUACAGUAGAGAAGGGAGCAGCUCAGCAAACUGCAGCAUCUUUUCCAGAGACCCAGAGGUUCUGGGCAGCUCCAGCAGCUGUUGGGUAGACUUCUAAGGAACUAGUCAGGCAGCAGAGUUGGGGAGUCAGAAAAGCAAAGUGACCAACCUGUUCUCGAGCCUGGCUUCCAUCAAAACUUGCCCUGGAAUCAACAUAGUUCUGUUGAAUAUAAACUCCAGAAAAUUGACAGUGUGUGACAGCACUCUGUUCUUCCAGCUGUUCCUUCUAACUAGCUUUAUGUAUUCUUCCUUUGUGAAGAAAAGGCUGGCUAGGGAUUAGGUAAUAAAACUCAAGUGCUUCAAUAAAAAUGUCUUCUUGUCUCAUUUGUCUAACUGGCAGCUGUAGGAGUGGAGAGUUUGCUUGCUUGUGCCUGCAGCAGAAUGUUGCAUUUCCGUAAAUGUGUCCAGACCCUGGAAGACAGAAGCAGUGCUGGAGGGCAAUGAUCUGUAUCUAACCUUAGACCCCUACAGCGUAGAUAUCAAUAUGAGCUAGUUUCUGUGAGUGCCCUUUAUAGUCAGUGGAGAUAAACAGGUAUUUUUGGACAUGAUUCAUCUUGGUCUAUUUUAGAUACCUGCUUUGGGACGAGAUGAACUGGAUGUGAGAAGUGGUUGAAUCCCUCAGCUGACUGUAAAAGAUGUCAAGUGAUUUGGUUCUGAAGCAGAGGGGUACCCUGUGUUUUCUGCCUAGCUUCCCUCCUCACUUGACUUAUUUCUGACACUGGUCUUAUCACCCCUGGCUAGCUCUGUAGGAACUUCAUUAAUGCUGGAUGAAAUUUUCAGUGACAUUUUGUUGAUGGCAGUGGGGCAUGGAGCAUGGCUUCUUAGUAUGCUUGCCUGUGCCCUGCUCUCCAAGAAACCCAUCAGGACUUGGGGUUGCUGGAUUUUACUAAGCACUUCAUUAGUGUGAGAGCCCACUGAAGGAUGCACAGAAGUCGCACGUCUGCUGCGUCUGGCUGCAUUCCAGCUGUUUUGGCAUUCAUCUAUCUGUAAAUGCUGAGGUUUGAAUAUGGUUCUUCAUGUGGUAGACUAAGUAAUCAGUCCUGACAGAGCUGCAUAUGAUUCUCCAGCAAAACAGCACUGAAAUUGGAACAAUUAUCGUUCCUUGCGCAAGGGAGACAGCACUUUAUCUAAUGUUGUCAAUAGUGAUUAGGUUUAACUUGCAGGUCCCGGUAGCAUAAUUGACAAAUUGCAAAUUUUAAUGCCAUUUGGAGGAACAUUUUAGAACAAUAACCCCAGUGGUUAAAUUAAUAUUGGAGAGCAUGAAUGCUUUUGCUAGAAAUGCCUUUCUGUCUUCCAUAGCUUGUCAUGUUAUACUUACUCUGAAAGAAAAGUUCUCUAAAGAGCAGGAGACUGAAAUACGUAUCAGUCCAGUCAUGAGUGACAGAUUCGCAGACCUCCUCACCUUGGUAUUCCAGAUAGAGUUUUUACCUGUGCUCCCAGGCCUACAGGUCACGUUCUGAAGUGAAGCAUUGGUGUGACUAGUGGCUUAUAAAAUGCUGGUUACCAUUUAAAUAUCCAGCCUAUUAUUAGGAACUUCUGCUGCAUGUUUUUUGCGUUUUUUGAUGUGUACCUCACUGUGCAGAAUGUUUACUGUAUUUAUUCCAGUAUUGCUUACCUGCACAUACAGAAACACCCUCACAAGGAAAUUAAGGAAUUAUUUCCUUUAACAGGUUUUUAUUUUGUACUCUCAUGGUUGCCUUAAACAAAGUAUCAGUAGUUGCUAUUGGUGAUUCAUCAAGCUACAAACAAAGGAAGCUGGUUUCUUUACCUCUGAGAGUUAUCUGUCCCAAACUAUAUGCAUCAUUUAAAAAUAACCACAUUUUCAGACUUUUGGUUCAGGCUAUGUCCAUUUGGACAUCUGAAUGUGUUAGAUACACCCUUCUAUUGCACAGU